AUGGAGGAUCCAUUUGUGGUAGUCAAACGGAGGUUUAAUGGAAGUAUUUUUCAAAGGAUUUUUGGUCUGCGUAUUCUCGCCUUUCCGUGUAAUCAAUUUGGAUAUCAAGAGCCUGGAAAUGCUGAAGAAAUUCAAUGCUUCGUACGUGAUCGUAAAGUCAAAUUUGAUUUAUUCGAGAAGAUUGAUGUCAAUGGAAAGGGUGCACAUCCCCUUUUUCAAUAUUUGAAGAAGGAACAAGGUGGAACUUUAUUUGAUGCCAUCAAGUGGAACUUCACAAAGUUUGUUAUUAACAAGGAGGGAAAGCCAGUAGAACGCCAUUCACCAAACACUUCACCAAAAGAGAUGCUCAAGAAUUUGGAGAAAUAUUUUUAAUUUUCUCGAGCGAGGGUCAUUAAUGCUUGUUUUAAUUGCUAUGAAGAUACUGUGAUGAAUACUACCUUCUACCAUCGGUAUCUUUUAUUACUUCUUUUCAUGCAUUUCAUUGGGACAAAAUUUCGUCCCCUUUAAUUUGUAGUUAUUAUCAUCAUUAUUUGGAAAUAAAAAUGGGUUAAUGGAAUUUUU